AUGCUCGAAGACAAAUACAUUGGGGUUAUUUUAGCCAUCUCGUCCAGCGUGGCGAUCGGCAGCUCCUUCAUUAUAACGAAAAAAGGAUUAAUCGAUACGACAGAUAGACAUGGUUCAGCGAGUGAAGAUCAUAAAUAUCUAAGAAAUCCAAUAUGGUGGGGAGGAAUGCUAACCAUGGUUGUGGGUGAAUUGGCUAAUUUUGCAGCAUAUUCUUUUGCACCUGCAAUUCUCAUUACUCCACUUGGUGCUCUUAGUGUUUUAAUCGGUGCCGUACUUGCAUCGCUAAUUCUUGACGAGAAGCUUGGACGUUAUGGAAAAGUAGGAUGUGCAUUAUGUCUAAUUGGUUCUGUCAUGAUUGUGUUACACGCUCCUGGCGAUAAAGAAAUAAGAACCGUCGAUGAAAUUUUGAAUUAUGCUUUAAAACCAGUAUUUCUAAUAUAUUGCGUGUUUGUUUUUGGAUUUACUGUUUACAUGAUCAAGAGACUUGUCCCAAAAUACGGCAAAAAAAGUCCGUUGGUCUAUCUUUCAAUUUGUUCGUUGGUUGGAUCGAUAUCCGUCAUGUCAUGUAAAGGAUUUGGCAUUGCGCUAAAGCUGUCAUUUUCUGGCAACAACCAGUUCUCCCAUCCUUCAACCUACGUGUUUGUGAUAAUAUCAGCGGUCUGCAUCGUGACUCAGAUGAAUUACUUCAAUAAAGCGCUUGACCAAUUCUCGACAAAUAUAGUAAAUCCCAUUUACUAUGUGUUCUUUACAACAUCAACGAUAUUCGCUUCCGUAAUUCUUUUUCAAGGAUUUAACACUAGUAAUACAGUGAACGUCGUCAGUCUUUUCUGCGGCUUCCUGACAAUAUUCCUCGGAGUUUAUGUUUUAAAUACCGCGAAAUCGGAACUUCAGUUAUUACGGGAUAAAUUACCGAUGCAUCAAAAUGGAAAUGGCCUCAUAAGAGCGUCAUUGACGGGUGAUGAACGUAGUUCAAUCACGUUGAGAAGAGAUGCUACAUUGCUAGGCGCUUUCGAAGAAGAAGAGAACAUUGGAUUAACAGACCUGCGCGACGAUACUUCUGAUUCCGAAGAAGAUCAAAACAUAUAA